UGGGUGCUGGGCCUGGGGCAGGAGGAGAAGGGAAAGAGAAGCAGAAUUGAGGAACAUGAUGCCGAAUUUUGCCCCAAAAGGUGAGAAUAUCUGCUUAAGAGACUCAGCCUAAGUCAGAUAAGCAGGAGGUAUUUUAUUGCGACGCGUCGGAGAAAUCACAAAAUGGAUUUCUAAAUUAUGUACAGCAAAAGCGGGUUUUUAUGCAAUUUUAAACAAGGAUUACAUCAUUUAUUACAUGCAUAUUCAUAGGCAGGCGGAGUUUUCCGGGAAUUCUUGGUCUUCCUUAGUUAAAUUUUAAGCUUUUCCUAAUUUGGACUUCUUCCUGUUAUCCUUGGCAUGUUUUUCCAUGGCUUGGCUGAAGUUACUGUUGUACUUGGCUUGAUUCUAACGGCUUGGCAGGUCACUUUAACUUAUUGGCUUCCACUUCUGUUUCUUCAAAUAUUCUAAUUCCGAAGUUUCUUCUGUGGGUGUAUUUUAGAUUACCUUAUCUAAAUUUCUGAUCAAAGUUCUUCCUGAUAGUGUAUUUUAGGUUAUUUAUUAACUUCUGCGAUUCCCUUGAUAUACUUUUGAGUGUCUUUUAAUUCUUUUAUUUCUCAGAAACUAUUGUUCAUUAUAAUAAAUGGCUUCAAACAAAAGGGUCAAACGAUGCAUGAGGGAGGAGAAAGUGGGAUUGUGCAGGAGAAGGAGGAAGAGGAGUGGGAGAAAGAGCAAGGACACUGGAUGUGGAGGAGGAGCAUUAACAGGAGGCACCACAAGGUUCCACUUCUCCCUGUAUCCGCAACUUCCCUGCCAGCCCCAGUAGCAUUCCCCCCCUACCACGCAGCAGGUGACCGGGAAUUGGGAUCCACGAUUUUCCCGGGGGUGAAUCUUGGUGUUUCUGAGCUUUAUUGUGCUAAUUGUUGGUGCUUUGUUUUUUUGUGGGGGCUGAAUCUUUAUAUUUGGAAGGUGUUUUUGUUGAAUCUUGAUGUUUGGGAAGUUUUUGAUCUGUGUGUUGAUGUUUGGAGGACUUUUGUGCUGAAUCUUGGUGUUUUGGAGGUUCUUAGAGACACAAGAUGCCCGAUGACUUAAUGAGAUGAACUUGGGCAAGGAGGAGCUCCCAGUCCAAGGCACUCUCAUUUUGUUCUUUUCCCCAAACCAGGAUUUUUCAUUCCUAGGACGUGUGUGAAUGGAGCAGGAGGAAAAGCCCUGGAGAUUCCGCACGAGGAGGGGCAGCAAACCCAGCCCAGGGAGCUGCGGGGAGGAAAGAGCCCCCCUGAGCCGGGAAGGCGGCCGGAGAUGCAGCCAGAGCUCCGAGCUGGUGGAGAAGCCCCAUGGCAGAGAGAAGCCCCACAAGUGCUUGGAAUGUGGGAAGGGUUUUAGUCGGAGCUUAGACCUGAUCCAGCACCAGGUGAUCCACACUGGGGAACAACCCUACGAGUGUGAGGAGUGUGGGAAGCGUUUCAGCUGGAGCUCCAGCCUGAGGCAGCACCAGGUGAUUCACUCUGGGGAGAGGCGCUUUGAGUGUGAGGAGUGUGGGAAGAGCUUCAGCCACAACUCUGUCCUGAUGCAACACCAGAGGAUCCACACUGGGGAAAAGCCCUUUGAGUGUGGGGAAUGUGGGAAGAGCUUCAGGCAGAGGGGGAGCCUGAUGCAACACCAGAUGAUCCACAGCGGGGACCGGCCUUACGAGUGUGGGGAAUGUGGGAUGAGCUUCAGCCAGAAGGGCCACCUUACGCGACACCAGAGGAUCCACACAGGAGGAAAGCCCUAUGAGUGUGGGGAAUGUGGGAAGAGCUUUAGAUACAGCUUUGGCCUGAGGAGACAUGAGAGGAUCCACACUGGGGAAAAGCCCUAUGAGUGUGGGGAGUGUGGGAAGAGCUUCAGCAUGAAAUGCAAGCUGACGGAACACCAGAAGAUCCACUCUGGGGAAAAGCCCUACAAGUGUGGGGAAUGUGGGAGGAGCUUCAGAGAAAGCUGGGCCCUGAUUCGGCACCAGGUGAUCCACACGGGGGAACGGCCCUACACCUGCUUGGAAUGUGGGAAGAGCUAUGGGUGGCACACUGACCUGAGAAAACACCACCAGCGUGUUCACUCUGGGGAGAAGCCCUACAAGUGUCCCCAGUGUGGGAAGAGGUUUCACAGGAGCUCCGAUCUCCUCAUACAUGAGCGGAGUCACAGGGAGGAGAGGCCCUUCCGCUGCCCCGAUUGUGGGAAGGGCUUCAAGCAAAACUCCACCCUCACCCUGCACCGGCGCAUCCACACGGGGGAGAGGCCCUACGAGUGUGGGGAGUGUGGGAUGAGAUUCUCAUCGAGCUCAAUCUUGACAAAACAUCAACGAAGGCGCCACUAAGGGAAGCCCUGUGAGUGCCCCAAGUGUGGGAAGAGCUUCGUGUGCUGCUCCAGCUCCAUCCCCCAUGAGAGGAUCCACGUUGGAUGAUCCCCAGUGACCCCUGUUGGGCAGAGCCCUGGUGAUCUGUGGUCCUGAUGAUCCAAAUUGGAAGGCAUCUGGCUGGGGGGCUCCACAUCUUCCUGGUUCCCUGAGGGUACCUAGAUAAGCCCAGCAGCAGGAACAUCCAUCAGGAUGCAGACCUAUAAUGGGAAUUCCAUGGGGAGAGCAGAUUUGUCGACUUUCAACCCCAUAAAAUCUUUUGCAUUCAAUUCUAUCUUCCUGUGACAUCAAGGAGUAUUGAAUGGUCUUGGAGGUAUAUUCUGGGUUACUGUUUGGUGCUUGUAUCCCCAGUCUGUUCUGUUUAUGCUGAAUAAUAAGUUUUGCACCUUCAAGACUUGUCCUGAGAGUGAAGGGGGAGAGAAGAAGCACAGAGUUUGUUUCCAGAAACCGCACUCACUCCUCCACAUUCGUGUUCCUGCACUGUGUUGUCUGCGGAUGGGCAGACAGUGGGACAGAGCUCUCCUUUCCUUUUAGUUAGUUUUAGCUAGCUGAACCAAACAAGUUCUCUGGACUGUGGGGUUUUUCCCCUUUCUUUGGACCUGUUUAAACCUGCUCUGGCCUGAACACCAGAAGAGCAUGGGCAGCUCACACCUGUGGCCCACCGGGCUGGGCCUGGCCUGUGACAUUUCCAGCAUCGGAGGGAUUGAUAACAGACUGAGUGAGCUGAGCUACAGCCACAGAGGGACUUAGUGAGUUUGUCUCUCUUUUAGAGCGGCAAGAGGUUUUAUUGUUUAAUAUUAUUUAGGUUUUAUUGUUUAAUAAACAGUUUUUUCCGCUUUUCUCCAA